ACCAGUGGUGGAGGGCCGUGGCAUUGCUGGAUACGGAGCAGACAAGUGGUGCUGGGACAGGUCGUUAGGCAUCUUCACAGCAGCUACAUGAAGGCCUACCUGGGCGCCCUUAGAACCUCCUCUCUCAUCAUCAAUACAGUUCUGGUGGCUGUGGUGGUGGUGUCCUGGGUGUAUACAGUGAUUGCAGGACUGAACAUUGCCCACCGCAUCCUUCGCACCAUCCCUGGCUCUGUCUGAGCAUGGGGAAAGGCAAGGAUAAGAAUCUGGGCGAGUGAGACUAAGCCACGAUACUGAGCCCCGAGGGUUAGCGAGGGGGUGAUGCGUGUGGCCAGUUCCCGGUGUGUCACUUUCUGCUCGGCUGAGAGGAGUGCCUGAGGGCCGGCUUACUGCUGUGCUGACAGGAGGUUCGUGUUGACCCUCCGGGUCAGAGAAAUCCAGCUGUUGCAAUGGACCAGCACUAGAUCGGGUGUUGAACUGCUUCCUGUUCCCUGUGCUACUUCUGAGGACAUAAGUAUAAGUGUGAAGUGUUAUAAUUAGUGAAGUACAUGACUGUUUAUGGUUACUGUUGGGUAGCUUGGCCUAGCUACAUCUCAUCGUAGGAAUAUCAAGAAGAUGAACUGUGUGUUUAUAGAUUUGGCUGUGAACCACAUCCCUAUUUUCUUCAUAGCGACUUUGUAAUUUGUGGAUUUGAAAUAUGGACACAUCAUUAGGAACAAAACCCUGCACCUGAAUGUGUGACUCCCUGCACUAGGCAGCUGUCAUGUUUUUGUCCACUGAUAAUAAUGAAUGGCAGUGUUAGUGGUUCCUGAGAUUCUUUAGAGAAGAUGCACUGUAUGGGUUGGAUUUAAUUGUACUCCAAUCUUACAUUGCUGCCCACCACUUUCUGCUACACACCUUAGUUUUACACAAUCUCACACUCCUUCAUGUACACAGUUCACAGUUUUGUUCUUUCUGCCUCUGACUUGCCUGGGACCACCACAGGGAGUCCCAAGAGGAGUGUGGACAGCCCAAAGUCUCCAAAGAUGCGGGGCCGAGAUUCAUCACCAUCCUUCCGGCGGGAGCAGCUGUUGAGGAGUGAGCCUCUUCCUCCCAUCAAUGUCACUCCAUACCCACUCUCCACCUCCACAGAGAUGGCCAUGGCCAUGAGCUCAGAGGCACAGGCAUUGCAGGAAAGAGUGAAGGUGCUCUCAGAUAUUGUGCGGGAGCUGCAGAAGGCACGUGACGACAACAUCCCUCACAUGAAUAACAUCAAUGCACUCUCUGACAAAAUAGUCAAUGAAGAAAAGCUGACAGCCUCCAGUCGGAACAAGCUGAAAAUGAUGUAUGAGCGUUGCGUCACUGAUACAGAGAAAGAGGUACAGCUGAUGAAGAAGGCACUCAACACUGUCUACCAGAUACGCAACAUUCGGCACGAUCUCAGAAUCCAGGCCAAGAACUCUGGCAACAAAGAGACCAUCCGACGUGGUGCCCUCAUGAAGAUGCUCCUUAACUGUGCCCAAACACUGCCCCUCUGGAUUGGCAACUUUGGGGAGAAGCCGCCGCCCCUGUGUGGUGCCAUUGCCCCUGAGCAGAACUAUGUGGCAAAGGUGAAUGACAUGGUGGCGUGUCUGGUGAGAGGCAGUGAGGGUGAGGACAACUGGAUCCUGGCUGAGGUGGUGAGUUACAACCCUGCCACCAACAAGUAUGAGGUGGAUGAUAUAGACGAGGAGCAGAAGGAGCGCCACACUCUCAGCCGCCGCCGUGUUUACCCCUUGCCACUGAUGAGGGCCAACCCAGAGGUGAACCCCGAGGCACUCUACCCCAAAGGAUCGAUUGUCAUGGCUCUGUAUCCACAAACAACCUGCUUCUACAAGGCUGUCAUCAACCGUCUCCCCACCCUGGCCACAGAGGAGUAUGAGGUGCUGUUUGAGGACCCAACUUAUGCUGAUGGGUAUUCGCCUCCCCUCAUGGUGGCCCAGCGCUACGUCAUUCAGAUCAAAGACGUUAGUAAGAAAAAGUGAGGCAAAGAGGAGGAGGGGAGAGGUGAAGAGAGUCAGCAGGAUACAGACCAGGGAGAGGGAGAGGUGUGGUGAGAGGUGAAUGAGAAUUGAGGCUAAGAAGAAGAGUUAUAAUGCCAACAAGUGAAGUGAUAAAAGAAAUGCUACCAAAAAGUAAUAUGGAGAGGAGAUGAAGCAGUGAGAUGAAGAAUACUAUCAGCAAGAAUGAAAAAUAAGAAAAACAAGAAAUGGAAGAGAAGGAUGGUAAAGAGACAAAAUAUCAUGCAAAGUAAGGUGGAAGUGACUGACCCUUAAUGACACUCAACAGUAAUUAAUCACUGGAGUGAAGGAAGGAAAGAUGAUAACCAGGCAAGAGGAAGUAAAAAAUAGUAUGUGAUGGUAAAGGAAUAAUAAGAAGAGUAAGGACUGAAGAAACUGGCAGUAUAUUAAAUAGUGGGCAAGUGGAAAGGCCUCAUUCUUUAUGUGGUUUGUUACAUCUUAUAUAAAGCGCAGGGCAGGAUUCUGUUCAGCCAGUCAACACCCAAAUGCCAUGUACAUAAAUAUAACUGGGUAGGCAUGAUAGGGUUCUACAAGACAGCUGAAAAACACUGAGAUGAUAGAGACCACAGCAAGCCAAGAGAACAGUUUCAUAUUAACAGUAAGGGUGGUCAAGAUUAAUAUGAAAACAAACAUUGACAGUUGAAUAAACAGCCAUGCCAUUGAGCCUGGGUAACAUGUGGCCAUCAAAGACCUGUAGGGAAGGACAUUGAUUUAAAGGACUUAUGCAAAAUGUGCAGUGUCUUUCAAGUGUCUUACAACAGAAGUUUCAGGUCUUGUAUGUUUUUUUUUUUUUUUUUUCAGCAGUUCUUUUCUUCUCAUGUGAACUCUGCUCCACAGACACUGAUAAAGUGAGCAAAUGCUGUGAAAUGAAUGCCAUGGUUGUAACACCCAAAUGUACAACUGAAGUGUUUUGAGUGCAGCGUUUGUAAUAAGUGUAUGUGUGUGUGUGUGUGUGUGUGUGUGUGUGAAAGAAAUAACAACUUAGUUUCUAAAAAUAAGGUGAUCAAAGUAUAAUCUUUAUAGUGAGUCAGUGAGUUUGUAUAAUAAAAGAAGCAAAUCCA